AAUAGUAUCCUCCUUUGACAGCAGGUCAUUCUUGCCUUCUUUUCUUCAGAAGUCUGAUAUAGCCUAGCUUCAACCUCUUGCAUCUCCUUCCUUCUGGCUUCAGCUUUCCGUCUUCCAGACUCGCCCUGCUGCUCAAACAGGUUUUGAGGUGGCCCCAGCCCACUCCUCCCCCAGUAGCUCUAGCUCUUAGGGUGAGUGGAUAGAGAGCCUAGUCCCACCCCUAGGCCCACAUCCCUGAGUCAGAAGGAGAUGUCUCCACCCAAGCCACGCCAAAACCAAGAGGCAGGGAGCUGAAAUUCAGGGACCUACUGCCAGGUGAUGGGAGAAGAAGAAAAGGCAUUGGAGACCUUGGUGAGCAUAGAGCCUGCCCCCCCUCCAGCCUCACCUCCUGUUGGCUGCAGCAGGUACUCGCUCCGAUGUCUUGCAGCCACUAGCAUCAUCUGCGGCUGCUCCUGUCUUGGAGUCAUGGCUCUCGUGUUUGCUAUCAAGGCUGAGGAACGACGUAAGGCUGGGAAACCAGAGGAAGCGUUGUUCUUGGGGAGUCGAGCCAAGCGUUUUGCCGUGGCUGGUAUUGCAGUGUGGCUUGGAGUGCUUGUACUGGGACCCCUGCUCCUCUGGCUUCUAUCAUACGCCAUUGCCCAAGCAGAGUGACCCUACCGUGACAAACCUGGACAGCAUGAAGUUGCCCUGUGGCAUCAUAGGUGGACCUCACCUACAGCGAGGUCCUUCAUCCUGACCAGAAGAACAAGAAGAUUCCCCCAGGUCCUGGAGGGUAUUUAACCACCUUUCAAAAAGUGGUUUCCAGAAACCGUCUCCCUAGCAUGCAGACAACAGAGAACCAAUCAGAUGGGGCUGAUGAUAAGAAAAGGUUUGGACUUGCAUGGACUCACCUCUGCCCUUGGGGCCUUAGCCCAGAAUGGGGUUGGAGAGCAGGCAGCCCUGAUUCCAUUACAAUUAAUU